AUUCCCCUUUGCUUUGUUCCAGGUGAAGAUACCCACACAAGCCUUCAUGGAUCAGCUGUGAAUGUCCACAUCAGACUGGACAGGAAUUCUGUGACAGUUGAGAAGACUUACAUCACACUGUCAAACCACAGCUCCGUGACGAUCCUCAACCACAGUAAUGUCACAGCCCGCUUCCAGUGGAAGGCUUUUGCUACUCAGGAAGAGGAGGAUCAGCUGAAGCAGAGGUUCUGCCACUGGCUGUGCCAGGAGGAAAAUGCCCAGGCAGAUAAUUUUCUGGAGUGGAGCAGAGCGGACACCACUCGUGGAGAACGCCUUUCCCUGCUCUCCCACAUCUACCAGAACGAGAGGACAAAGGUGCAAGGAGAUCCCAUGCUGUUCUUUGAUGACAUUUUCACUAUUAAACCGGUGGUAAGUGAUAUCUGA